AUGUUUUGGCAGAGACUACGCGAACAGGUGGAGCUGGAACGAAAAGCAAAGGCGGUGGUUUCUAGCUUCGCGGCCACCAGGUCCAAAGAGUACCGGGGACGGGUUGUGGAUUGCUGUGGGAUAAUUGGUUUCUGUGGGUCGUCGGGUGAAGCGAGUCACGUGUUACUGAACGGUAUUGAACUGUUACAGAACCGGGGGUACGACUCCUGCGGGAUCACAACCAUUUCGAACCGGCGAGGGCGACCGGGGUCGGAUGGUCGUGCCACUCUAACGACGACCAAAUUCGCCUCUCGUGGAAGUACAUGUGAUUGUGUAGACUUACUCAAAACGGAAUUACAACAGUCCCGGAAACAUGCGGGACAUGCCGUUGGUAUUGCACACACACGUUGGGCUACGCAUGGCGGUAAAACUGACGCAAAUGCGCACCCUCAUCUCGACUACAAGAAACGUGUGUCCAUCGUGCAUAACGGUACCAUCGACAACUUUGAGGAACUCAAAGCUGACCUAGAACGUGCUGGAAUACCCUUCCAAAGUCAAACUGAUACCGAGGUCAUUGCCAACCUCAUUGGUGUUGAGCUCGACCGAGGAAUCAAAUUUCAAGACGCGGUUCGCAACGCCGUCCAAAAACUCCGUGGGACAUGGGGCCUACUUGUCAUGCACAAAGACGACCCUAAUGGUUUCAUGUGUGCGCGGAACGGUAGCCCUCUCAUCCUGGGAACAACCCAAACAGGUGCGAAGACGGCGACAGGUGCGAAGACGGCGACAGGUGCGAAGACGGCGACAGGCCAAUCCAGGACGGCCGGCGCUCAAGAAAUCUACGUCGCCAGCGAGCCGCUGGCACUGGCGAGCUACACCAACGAAUAUCUUUCUCUUAACGACGGAGAUGUCUGCUACGUCUCGCGCACAGGCGGGAUCGCACAUCUCGAGGAUGGGCGAGACAAACGCCGCAUACAGGCCGUUGACCUUGCGCUACAACCCGCCCCGUUUCAACAUUGGACUAUUAAAGAGAUCUAUGAACAACCGCAGGCGAUUAGUCGUGCUCUCAGCUUCGGUGGUCGUGUGACCACCGGAGCAGCGAGGGAGACUGGAAGCCGGGAGAUGGCACCAGCCAGCAAGGAGGCCCGAACGCCUGGAUUGGGGGGCAGAGGAUUGAUUGCAGGUGUUUCUCGUCGCGUUGUGAAGUUGGGUGGCUUGGAGAACAAUCCAAGAUUAUUGGAGAUCCGUCAUUUAUGUUUGACGGGGUGUGGUACCAGUUUCUAUGCAGGAUUAUAUGGCCAGGAGUUAUUUCGCUAUUUAGAAGCGUUCGAUAGUGUGAGUAUAAUUGAUUCUAGUGAUGUGGAGUCUUGUGUGUUCCCUCGUCCGUUAAAGGAGUGUGGUCUAUUGGCAUUGAGUCAGAGUGGUGAGACGCGGGACGUAGUGCAGGCAUUGGAGCAGGCUGAGAAGCAUGGUGUUAAGAUCUUCAGCGUGGUUAAUCAAGUGGGUAGUCUUGUGGCUCGUAUGACCAACUGUGGUGUGUACCUUCAUGCUGGACGUGAGGUGGCCGUCGCCAGUACCAAAGCCUUCACUUCGCAAGUCAUCGCGCUAGGCCUCAUCGCCGUUUGGUUCACCCAACACACACGCGUCUCAGACAGCCGAGCCGACCAUGUCAUCGAAGCACUUUCUCAUAUGCCCUCCGUAGCCUCACAAUGUCUAGGCCUCGAUCAGACCUGUCAGAAGCUUGCUAAACGCCUGUACAAACACAAAUCAAUAUUUGUACUCGGCAAAGGUUUCGGCUAUCCAGUCGCUCUAGAAGCCGCUCUUAAAAUCAAAGAAAUAAGCUACGUACAUGCAGAAGGCUACGGUGGUGGACAACUGAAACAUGGCCCGUUCGCAAUGAUCGAUGAACAAGCUAAAACUCCCAUCGUGAUGUUGGUUUUCAAUGACAGUCACGCGGCGGCGAUGACGAAUGCGGCUCAGCAGGUGAAGGCGCGUGGUGCGGAGCUGAUUUGCAUCACAGAUGACCCGUCUUUGGUCGCGGGUGUGGCGGACGAAAUAAUCCAAGUACCCAGUAAUGGUUGUUUAACUGCAUUGGGCGCAGUAAUCCCCCUGCAGAUGAUUGCUUAUCACAUGGCCGUGAUGAAGGGAAUAAACCCGGACAAGCCCCGAGGCCUAGCUAAGACUGUCACUGUCGUUUAG